AUGUUCGGUCAGCUGGGUGCGGUCAACAAGAAGCUUGAAGAUUGGAUCGAUGCGAACCUCACUCCCAUGACGAUGUAUAAGCGCUGCCUAGCCGCCUACGGGAAGGUUUGGAGCAAUAUCGACGACCUGGAUAAGCCGAUAAAUAGCGAACCGGCACUCGAGGCUACUGGACGCCUGUUCACCCGCAGGCUUCUUAAAGGACUUCCGGUAUACAUUGACGCGGCUGAUCCGGAACUGAGCGAGCUGCUCGAUGAACUGGAGGCGGCCAUCGAAAAGCUCGAAGAAUGUAUCAAACCGGCCAAAGGACCUGGUGCUCAGACAAGAAAUGCGGACUCUUCCACCAAAGAUCUGGACGAGCAAACAGUCAAGCGAAAUGCCUCUCGUUUGGAUGUAAAGCAAGGCGCUACAAUACGUCAUGGUGGAUGGAAGACAUGGCCCUGGAGGAUAAGUCGAAUGUUCACCAGGAGCUGA